AUGGAUCUAACGAUUGUUUUACUAUGGUUUCUUGCAUUUUCUUUGAUCGUUUUAUUUUUGGGUACUUUAAAUUAUUUUCUCGGACGGACAGAUUCAGAUGAAAUAAUAUGUUCAAAACAAUCUCAAUCUGAUACUGCAAAUCAGCAGCAGCAACAACAACAAACAAAUCGCAGUGGUACUAGUAAUAGGCGUCGAAAGAAUGCACGAAGUGCAAAUAAAAAACGACAGAAAGCAGCAGCAGCGGCAGCAGCGGCAGCCGCAAGCAAAAAUUUAAAUAAUGAUAAUGAAUAUAAACAAGAGAAAAAUGCAACUCUACCUAAAAACAAGAUUGAAGCAGAAGCAAAAGAAGAAGAAUCAUUGACAGAAUCUUCUGCACAAUCAACUAAUGAAGAACAAGAUGAAGAGGAAGAAUUUGCAGAUCCAAUAGCUAUCGAAGAAGCUUUAAUCUGUUCUACUACAGCAUUUAUACAAGAAGAGAAAGAAUCAAGCUCACCACUUAAACAACGUAACAAAGAUAAAACUAAUCCAAUGAAUAGUAAGUCACCAAGUCCAAUUGCUACAAUUUCUACCAAUGCAACAAAUUGCUCUUUGGCACCACAAUUUUCAUUGAAACAAGGCUCUAUUGUUCCAUCGAAGCCUAAAGCAAAUGUAGCACCUGUUAAACAAGCUAUGUCAUCGACUAAUACAGCAAAUACUGAAUUUAAUCCAUCUUCACAAGUUAAUAAUUCUAAGUCAAUUGAAAAUUCAUCGUCAUCAUAUAAUAUCUAUUCAUAUUCUGAACAUAGUCCUGGAUUGCCAAGAUUUCAGCAACAACAACAACAACGACAAGAAACAGAUACUUUUGCUACGCAAAAAUUUCGCAGAAAAAAAACAGCAACACAAACAAAAACACCAUCUAUUCUACUUGAUUCAUCUACAAGAGAAAAUGAUGUUGCAUCCUUAGCAUCAAAACAAAAACUAAUCAAAAACGCUCAUUUCGAAUUACCUUUUCAAUCACAUCAACAUGAAUCAUUCGAUUCCAAUGGAUAUUCAUCAGGAUCAGAUAAUUUAUCAGAAUCACCAUCACCAAUGCUUUCAAAUAAUAAUAAUAAUAAUAAUAGUUCAUCAUUGUCAAUAUCGGCUGAGUCUCAAUGUUCAUCAAAACGACCUGAUAUAAAACCAACUGUAUCAACAUCAAAUAUUUUAUUAGAUAAAUUAGUUUCCGUAUUUGAUAAUGUUUCUUUUUCAUCGGAAGAACUUGGAUUAAUUUUAAAAAAACUAACUGCUAAACAAUUCUCAAAUAGACAAGACUGGCAACAUUUGUUAUCAACAAAAGCAAAAAAUGAUAAAACUAUUGAACAUAUAUUUGAAGAAAUGUAUCAUAGUCAGGCGAAGAUUCUUGCUAUUGAAUUACAAAUAGAAAAAAGUCGCGUACUUGAAUUAACUAAAACAAAUGUUGAAAUGACGAAUACAAUAAAGCAUUUUCAACAGCCCAAUGAAAAUAUGGCACCAUAUCAGCAAAGAAUUGUAUCACAUCAAAUGCAACUUAGACGAUUGGCUGAUGAAAAUGCACGUUUACUUCAUCAAUUACAUACAUAUUCGAUGAUGCCAAAUUCAAUUAAUGAACUUAAACAACAACAAAAUAUUCUUGAUGAACAAUUGAGACAAAUCUCGAAUAGAAAUAGUUCGUUAGAAAAAGAAAUAAGCGAUGGAGAACGUGCCAGAAAGCAUGCAGCAGAAAUCUAUAAGAAGGCUGAUGCUCAAAAACAAGAGCGAAUAGAACAAAUGAUUGAUGAUUUAAAUAAAUAUAAAAAAAUCGAUAAAGAUUUAGGUACAAUUCGACAAAAACACAAAGAUCUUAAAGAAAAUUUAGAUAGCAAAUUGGAUGAAGUAAGUAAUGAACGUGAUGAAUUAGAAAAAUAUGGUGAUCAACUCAACAGAAAAAUUCAACAAUAUGAACCAUUAAAAAUAGAAUAUGAACAACUUAUUCAAAAUGAAGCAGAAACAUCAAACCUUGACAAACUUCAACAGGAAUUAAAUGAACUCAAAGCUAAAAAUGAUUUACUAAGACAACGCCAUGUGAAAAUAAUGGAACAAUUAAAUAAAAAAUCACAUUCACAACAGCAAAAUUAA